GUGCUGAAGAUCUACUCAGAGCUCAGAUCUGGGACAGAGAGAGCGGAGAGAAGAUCGGGGACACCUGAGAGCCACAGCCAGGAUACAGGAGCCAUAAUAUAGGAGCCAGCACACACAUAGGGGCCCAUCAUACAGGAACCAGUACAGGGGCCCAUCAUACAGGGGCCAAGGAUACCAUACAAGUCACCUGCUGGAGCCAUGACUGACACUCUCAUCCCAGGGAACAUGAAGGGCAAGGGCUUGCCGGAUAAGAGCUACUUCCGAAAGGGCAAAUCCAUCGCGCAGACGGGCCGCAGCAAGCUGCAGAAUCAAAGGGCCGGCCUGAACAAUCAGAUCCUGAAAGCCAUGCGGAUGAGGGCCGGAGCUGAGAACCUCCUGAGGGCCUCCACCAACAACAAAGUCCGAGAGCAAGUCCUCCUGGAGCUCAGCUACGUCAACUCCAACCUGCAGGUGCUGAAGGAAGAGCUGGAGAGGCUGAACAUAUCGGUGGAGGUGUACCAACACACAGAGCAAACCUCCAGCAUUCCGCUCAUCCCUCUGGGCCUCAAAGAGACAAAAGACGUUGAUUUCACCACGCCGUUCAAGGACUUCAUCCUGGAGCACUACAGCGAAGAUGGCGCCGAUUAUGAAAGUGAACUGGCCGACCUGAUGGACCUCAGACAGGCAUGUCGGACGCCCAGCAGAGAUGAAUCUGGAAUAGAUAUGCUAAUAAGUUAUUUCCAACAGCUCGGCUUCCUUGAGAACCGGUUCUUCCCCGCCAGCAGGAACAUGGGGGUCCUCUUCACGUGGUACGACUCAUUCACUGGUGUUCCCGUCAGCCAGCCCAACAUUUAUCUCGAGAAGGCCAGCAUUCUCUUCAACAUCGGUGCGCUCUACACCCAGAUCGGUACACGCUGCAACAGGCAGACGAAGAGCGGCCUGGAGGAAGCGGUCACUAUGUUCCAGAAAGCUGCAGGAGCUCUUAGCUACCUGAAGGAAACCUUCACACACACCCCCAGCUAUGACAUGAGUCCAGCCAUGUUGGGUGCCCUCAUUAAAAUGCUGCUGGCAGAAGCUCACGAGUGUCACUUCGAGCAGACGAUCCUGUCCGGGGUCCAUAAUGAAUUCUGCACAUUGGCUAAGGUGGCGCAAGAGGCAGCAAAGGUCAGCGAGAUUCACACGCAAGUGUACAACGCCAUGAACCAGGCUCCCAUCAAGGAGAACGUGCCCUACUCCUGGUCCGUCAUGGUGCAAGUAAAAGCCGAACAUUACAAAGCACUGGCUCACUAUUUCGUGGCGAUUGUGCUCAUCGAACAUCAGUUGGGCCGACACGAUGAUGAAGACAGACAGGAGAAGGCCUUGUCCCAGCUCUAUGACCGCAUACCGGAGGGACUGACGGCCAUGAAUAUACUGAAAGACAAACAACAGAGGACAGAGCUAGGAAAGGCGCAUCUGUCCAAAGCGCUCGUGUGCCACGAAGAAGCCCGCCGACUCGCCAACCUGUGCAGCCAGCUGAAGCAGAUCGACGUCCUGCAGGACAUACUUUCCGCUUUCCACAAGAGGGCGCUGCUGAAAUUCACCCAGCACCAGAAGGAAGAUGACUUUAUGAGUUUACUGGUGGCCCAAGAAAUUCUCGGUAAGACGGACUACAAGGCUGAAAUCAUCACGCCUCCGAUCACCAGAGUAAAGGUCAUCGACCUCUUUCAGCGAUUGGGUCCUUUGUCUGUAUUUUCUGCAAAGCAAAGGUGGACGGCCCCAAGGAAAGUCUGCUUGACUCUUGAGGAUGGUGAUUUGGGCUUUGUUUUAAAGGGUGACUGUCCAGUCCAGAUAACGUCGCUGGAUCCCCUCUGUCCAGCCGCAGGUGUGGGUGUGAAGGAAGGCGAUUACAUUGUAGCAGUGGAAGACCGGGACUGCAAGUGGUGCUCCAUAAACGAGGUUAUGGACAUGCUAAGAGGAAUCGGGGAAGAAGGGAAGGAGAUCAAAGUGACCAGCAUUCAGGACCAGACGUCCAGCAUGCACAACAAAAGCGCCACCUACUCCGCCGGAAUGCAGAAGACGUACUCCUUGGUCUGCCUCAACAUGGACGACGACAAAAGCGCCAAGACGCAAAAGGCGACGAAGAAGCUCUCCUUCCUCAGCUGGGGCUUCAGGAACAACCGCCAGAAAGCGGCCAGCACCAUCUGCCUCCCGACCGCCAGCGGGGGAAAACCCGAUUCCAGCAAAUUGUUCCUUUCGCCGUACAACACCUUGGCGUCUGACAGCGCCAUGUACUGAUGGCGCCAGCGGAUGGAACUUCUUUUUCAUUGGAACGCCGAUUACUGUGACAAUCCCAGGAAGCCGAUGCAGCCGUGACAAUUCUCCUUUCUUCUACGUAGGAAUAAGCUGCUUCCUGUCUGCAUUGGGGAACGUGCCUCCGGACUUCACAAAGUGAAAAAAAAAAAGGGGAGGGGCCGCCUUAAAAAUAGUGAAUUAAAGGGGAGGAGUCUGUGUUUUGCUCAGCUCCCUCCCUUGGAGCUCUCUUGCCUUUUCCAGCAGUGAAAAAGGAGGCACAGAUGGACUGGAAAAAUAGAGGUUUAUUAGGAGGAUUGUGCCUACUAGGAGAUCUUUUAUAUGGUUAUUAUUUGUGUAACUUAGAGUGUUAUUUUAAAUCUGAAAUGGGGAAAAAAAAAAACAUAUUUUAUUCUUUUAA